AAUCAGCAAUAUACAGGGUAUAGCUGAUACGUUGGGUGAAACAUUUUCUAUUUCAUCCAGCAAUAUUAUGUAUUCAAGAAAUUUUCAGGCUUAUAAAGCCCAAAGUGAAAAACAAUAUUUAAACUUUCAUUCCUCAUAUAAUGAGGAAUAUAAUGUGCCAUUCACCAGCAUAGAACUACAUACAGCGAUCUCUCGCUCGGGGAAUAGUGCUGUAGGCUUGGAUAAAAUCCACUACAGCAUGAUUAAAAAUCUGUCAAACAAUUCCCUUUAUAAUCUUUUGCAUUUGUUUAACAGAAUAUGGACAGAACAUACUUUUAUAGACUCUUGGAGGUUAUCUAUCAUUAUUCUUAUUUUUAAAUCUGGUAGAGAUCAUAAGAAUUUUUCUAAUUACAGACCAAUCUCUCUGACAAGUUAUCUCUGUAAAAUUUUGAGAGAAUGGUAAACAGACGUGUAAUGUAUCUCUUAGAGAAAAAGGAAUACUGUUUACCACAUCAGAAUGGUUUUUGUAGGAACAGAAGUACUACUGGUAACCUGGUAAAUUUUGAAACAUAUUUAUGUGAAGCGUUUGUUAGACGACAGCACUUAGUGUCUGUGUUUUUUGACAUAGAGAAAGCCUAUGAUGGCUGUUGGCGAUACGGGAUAGUUUGUGAUUUACACCAAUUUGGAUUGCAAGGUAAUUUGCCAAUUUUUAUAAAAAACUUUUUACAGAAUCGAAGAUUUCAAGUUAGGAUGGGCAACACUAUCUAGGCUUUUCACGCAACAAGAAGGUGUUUUUCAAGGCUGUAUUUUGAGUGUGACUUUGUUUCUAAUUAAAAUUAAUAGCAUAGCUAACUGUCUUUGCCCUAGUGUGAAACACUUUUUGUUCGUGGAUGACUGAGAUCUCCUGCCAGUUUAGUAACAUGAGUUUCAUUGAGAGACAACUUUAAACUUUUCUAAAUCACAUAUAUUAUUGGUCCAAAACCAAUGGCUUUACGUUUAACGCAGCGAAGACAUCGUACAUCCACUUGUGCCGAAGGCGUGGUUUGCAGUUGGAUCCUGAAAGUUAUUUUAAUCGGGAUGAAAUCCCAAUGGUGAAUGAGGCUAAGUUUUUGGAUGUUUGUUUUGAUCAAAAACUGACAUUUUUGCCACACUUGCGCAACCUGAAGAGUAGAUGUUUAAAAUCUUCAAACCUUUUAAAGGUACUAUGCUGCUCAUCCUGGGGAGCAGACAAAGUUCAUAUGCUCAGGAUUUAUAGGGCCCUUGUUCGCUGUAAGCUGAAUCACAGUAGAAUUGUUUAUGGCUCUGCGCAAGAAUCUACUUUUCGGAUGCUGGAUUCAAUCCACCAUGAAGCACUGUGUUUGUGCACUGGUGCUUUUUGAACUAGUACUGUACAAAGUUUGUACGUGGAUGCUUAUGAGCUUUCACUAUCUUUAAGGAGAGAACAGUUGUCUUUUUUUUAUUAUAUAAAACAGAAAUCUCAUACUAAACUUUCAGUUGAUUGUACAGUAUUAAAUACUCAGCUGAAAAGAUUAUUUGAAGCUCGCCCAAGUUGUGUCCCUACAUUCUUGAUAAGAAUGGAGAAUGGGAGUAGUACGAUUGACCUGAACACAGGCAACACUUUACAGCUAGAGGUCUGUAAUAUAUCUCCUUGGUCAACCCCUGUGAUAAAUGUUGACUUUAGCUUAAAGCAAUUUCCUAAGGAAUCCAUUCCAUACUACGUCUACAGACAGCACUUUGCAGAAAUUCAACACCGUGACAGGAAUUCAAUUCUUAUUUAUACAGAUGGAUCUAAAUCUGAUGAUUACGUUGGCUCAGCCUUUGUCUGCCAGGAUGAAAUCGUGGCAGAACAAAUUGCAUUAAAUUUUUUUAUUUUUUCUGCAGAGUUGCAUGCUAUUUAUUUAGCUUUAAAAUAUAUAAAUAGGAAAGGUCAUCAUUGCUGUGUUAUUUACACUGACUCAGUUAGUGCACUUCAGGCUGUAAUUUCGUGUGAACUUUGUUCCCACUCCAUAGUGAUUAAAAUUCAUAAACUGUUUUGCCAUCUUAUUGCAAGUAAUUUCUUUGUAAAAUUCUGUUGGGUUACAGGCCAUGUAGGUAUAAAAGGAAAUGAAGAAGCUGACACAGCUGCAAAGGCAACUAAUUUAUCACAGCAUAUAAUUCCUAUUGAAAGAGGUGAUUUGAAGCUAGUUAUUAAAAAACGACUAGCAGAGAGAUGGCAAAAUGUGUGGAUCGCACAAGUCCACAAUAAACUACACGAGAUUAAAUUUAUGUUAGAAAAUUGGAUGUGUAACAAACAGAAUGACAGGAGAUCUGAAGUUAUUCUUAGUCAUUUGAGAAUUGGGCAUACUUUGUUGACUUAUCAAUACCUUUUGAAUGGUGAAGACCAGCCAGUAUGUGAGCAUUGCAACUGCUUUCUAAGUGUAAAACACAUACUUUGCCACUGCAUUGCUCUCAAUCAAAGUCGUAGACAGCAUUUCGGAAAUGCAAGUUUGAGAGAGGUUUUGGGCCAGAGACCAAAUCUAGACAGCAUAGUGGACUUUCUGAAAGUCAAUAAUAUGUAUGGAGAUAUUUGAUUAGUUAUUUAUUUAUUCACUUAUUUUAGAGUUUUAUUAAUUUUGAUUUUGGUUUGUUAUCUUGUAUAUAUUUGUUGUUUUUUUAAUUUAUUUAUCUAAUAAUGUCUCAUGUUUGUUAUUGUGAUAUUUUAAAAUUUUUACCAUUUUCUUUGGUGCAUCUUAGCCUACAUGGCUCUUGUGCCAAAAAAACUAAAACAAACCAAACUUAACCAUCCAGUAGCUCAAAAGUAGUCUGGGAUAAAAUCCAUAAUAUUAAUGGGAAAUAUGCUUCUCACUCUCUGUCCGUGCUGGAAAAUAAUGGUACAAUAAUCAGCGAUAUACAGGGUAUUGCUGAUUUUCUGGG